AUGAUCUCGGAAGCCCGUUCACUGAUCAGGUGGCUGUCGAAAAAGACCUCCGCAUGAUAAAAGAUGUGAUUAGGCGAAAGCCGGUGCAAGUCUGGACAGCGGAUUCCUGAUAUCAGGCCGCCGACAUUGCAACGUCGCUAUUACCAUACUUACCAAGAUCAUAGCAGGAGGGCUCGGAUCGCCGCCUCCGCGUGGCGCCUUCUGGGUGAGACCUGGUCUCAGCUAAGAGCGAUCCAUUUUUGGUGAAGCCAGCCUUCGGGCUGGCAAAAAAGUAUUCGAAAAGAUUAACUGAUAGAAAGUAACUCAGAAGUAGUUCAUUCAUUGAACGGUUGUUGAAUGCAAAGAAUUGACAAAAAAGAGGUGUUUUUGUCAUUCUUUUCAAUCUGGUUUUUUUUCUGAUAAAUUCCCACUGGAGUGCUUUCAAAGAGGUCCUAUUGUUUAUCUUUUCAAUCUGGUUUUUUGAAUUUCUACUACAGUGCUUCGUAAUCAGAAAUAUUUACAGUUUUCGAGCAUUUUGACUGUUUAUUGAUAGGCGCACUCAUGAAAACGAUCCCGAAAGCCCGUUCACUGAUCAGGAGGUUUUCCAAGAAGUUGAGGAACCUUGGAUUUAAUCAGAAAACGGUCGCGGUGCUCUUCAUUACAUCAGCUACUCUUGAAUCGAUUAUGAUGUGAAUAUUUUGAUUCCAUAAGUACCUUUGUACUUGUGAGCAACAAUUUAAGUUCAAAAAACUUCAGUAAAAUAUUUCUUUGCACUGAAAGGAGGGAGUUUUCAAAGUACACGAAAAAAUAAGUUGAUAGCAAGUAACUCAGAAGUAGUUCAUUCAUUGAACGGUUGUUGAAUGCAAAGAAUUGACAAAAAAGAGGUGUUUUUGUCAUUCUUUUCAAUCUGGUUUUUUGAUAAAUUCCCACUGCAGUGCUUCAUAAUUAGUUAUAAAUACGGUUUUCGAGCAUUUCAACUGUUUAUCAAUAGGCUUACUCAUGAAAAUGAUCUCGCAAGCCCGUUCACUGAUCAGGUGGCUGUCGAAAAAGACCUCUGCAGGAUAAAAGACGUGAUUAGGCGUAAGCCGGUGCAAGUCGGAACAGCGGAUUCCUGAUAUCGGGACGCCGACAUUGCAACGUCGCUAUCACCAUACUUACCAAGAUCAUAGCAGGAGGGCUCGGAUCGCCGCCUCCGCGUGGCGCCUUCUGGGUGAGACCUGGUCUCAGCUAAGAGCGAUCCAUUUUCGGUGAAGCCAGCCUUCGGGCUGGCAAAAAAGUACACGAAAAAAUAAGUUGAUAGGAAGUAACUCAGAAGUAGUUCAUUCAUUGAAAGGUUGUCGAAUGCAAAGAAUUGACAAAAAAAGGUGUUUUUGUCAUUCUUUUCAAUCUGGUUUAUUUGAUAAAUUCCCACUGCAGUGCUUCAUAAUAAGUUAUAAAUACGGUUUCCGAGCAUUUCAACUGUUUAUCAAUAGGCUUACUCAUGAAAAUGAUCUCGAAAGCCCGUUCACUGAUCAGGUGGCUGUCGAAAAAGACCUCUGCAUGAUAAAAGACGUGAUUAGGCGUAAGCCGGUGCAAGUCGGGACAGCGGAUUCCUGAUAUCGGGACGCCGACAAUGCAACGUCGCUAUCACCACCCUUACCAAGAUCAUAGCAGGAGGGCUCGGAUUGCCGCCUCCGCGUGGCGCCUUCUGGGUGAGACCUGGUCUCAGCUAAGAGCGAUCCAUUUUUUUGGUGAAGCCAGCCUUCGGGCUGGCAAAAAAGUACACGAAAAAAUUAGUUGAUAGAAAGUAACUCAGAAGUAGUUAAUUCAUUGAAAGGUUGUCGAAUGCAAAGAAUUGACAAAAAAGAGGUGUUUUUGUCAUUCUUUUCAAUCUGGUUUAUUUGAUAAAUUCCCACUGCAGUGCUUCAUAAUAAGUUAUAAAUACGGUUUCCGAGCAUUUUCAACUGUUUAUCAAUAGGCUUACUCAUGAAAAAUGAUCUCGAAAGCCCGUUCACUGAUCAGGUGGCUGUCGAAAAAGACCUCUGCAUGAUAAAAAGACGUGAUUAGGCGUAAGCCGGUGCAAGUCGGGACAGCGGAUUCCUGAUAUCGGGACGCCGACAAUGCAACGUCGCUAUCACCACCCUUACCAAGAUCAUAGCAGGAGGGCUCGAAUUGCCGCCUCCGCGUGGCGCCUUCUGGGUGAGACCUGGUCUCAGCUAAGAGCGAUCCAUUUUUGGUGAAGCCAGCCUUCGGGCUGGCAAAAAAGUACACGAAAAAAUAAGUUGAUAGGAAGUAACUCAGAAGUAGUUCAUUCAUUGAAAGGUUGUCGAAUGCAAAAGAAUUGACAAAAAAAGGUGUUUUUUUGUCAUUCUUUUUCAAUCUGGUUUAUUUGAUAAAUUCCCACUGCAGUGCUUCAUAAUAAGUUAUAAAUACGGUUUUCCGAGCAUUUCAACUGUUUAUCAAUAGGCUUACUCAUGAAAAAUGAUCUCGAAAGCCCGUUCACUGAUCAGGUGGCUGUCGAAAAAAAGACCUCUGCAUGAUAAAAGACGUGAUUAGGCGUAAGCCGGUGCAAGUCGGGACAGCGGAUUCCUGAUAUCGGGACGCCGACAAUGCAACGUCGCUAUCACCACCCUUACCAAGAUCAUAGCAGGAGGGCUCGGAUUGCCGCCUCCGCGUGGCGCCUUCUGGGUGAGACCUGGUCUCAGCUAAGAGCGAUCCAUUUUUGGUGAAGCCAGCCUUCGGGCUGGCAAAAAAGUACACGAAAAAAUAAGUUGAUAGGAAGUAACUCAGAAGUAGUUCAUUCAUUGAAAGGUUGUCGAAUUUUUAUAGGUCCUUUUGUUUUUUUUUACAAUCUGGCCUUGUUAAUAAUUUUUCACUUCACUGCUUCAUAAUCGAAAAUGUUUACGGUUUUUGAGCAUUUUAACUUUUAAUUAUUAAGUAUACUUAUGGAAACAAUCGCGAAAACCACUUCACUGAUUGAGUGGGUGUCGAGCAAGACCUUCGCAUGAUGAAAGAUAUGACUAGGCGUAAGCCGGUGCAAGUCGGGACAGCGGAUUCCUCAUAUCAGGACGCCGACAUUGCAACGUCGCUAUCACCAUACUUACCAAGAUCAUAGCAGGAGGGCUCGGAUCGCCGCCUCCGCGUGGCGCCCUCAGGGUGAGACCUGGUCUCAGCUAA